UGAGGUCCGGCCGAGGACAGGGCUGCAGGCGAGGGACAUGAGCGACUUCAUGGCCACGAGGGAGCAGCCGCAGGGCCCCCUGGGCCAUCUCAGGAGUCACCUGUCCCUGGUGCUGCAGCUGCUGUGCGCUGUGCUGCUGGUAGCCAUCCUGGCUCAAGUGUCCAAAGUCCCCAGCUGCCCAGAGCAGGAGUCCAACGAGGAGCUGUAUCAGGAUCUGAUGCAGCUCAAGGCGGGACUGGCCAACCUGUGCCGGCCCUGUCCCUGGGACUGGACUUUCUUCCAGGGACACUGCUAUUUCUUCUCCAAGUCCCAGAGGAACUGGCACGACUCCAUGUCGGCCUGCCAGGACGUGGGGGCCCAGCUGGUCAUCGUCAGAAGCGAUGAGGAGCAGUCCUUCCUGCAACAGACUUCCAAGUCCCUAGGCCCCACUUGGAUGGGGCUCUCGGACCUCAACAUGGAGGGCGUGUGGCACUGGGUGGACGGCUCGCCGCUCGAGCUCAACUUCACCAAGUUCUGGAACCGUGGGGAGCCUAACAACAUCGGAGGGGAAGACUGCGCCGAGUUCAGGGAUGACGGCUGGAACGACUCACUCUGCAACGGCCUCCGGUUCUGGGUCUGCAAGCAGGCGGCAGGCUCCUGCACCCGGGAGUAAAGAACGUGGGCAUCCCUCUCCCCAACAUGCUUGCGCACCCUGCAGCCUCAC